CGCCCACAGCUCCCCCUCCCAACAUCGCUCUUACUCUCGCUCACCGGGCUACUCGUACUCAACGGCCAUGCACCGUUCGCCGUCGUACCAAGCUCCGUACCCGGGCAGCUCAAAUCUUCAGUAUUACCAACAAGCUCAUAGCACACCUGGAGCCACAUACUCCUCUCUCGAUGGCGGCCAUCGUCGCAACAACUCCUUCUCCGGUGGCACACAUUAUUAUCCCACCAGCUCUUCUGCUCAUGGUCACAGUCGUCACCGAUCCGCAUCGCACUCACACACCGGACACGCACCGACGUACUAUGUGACACCGUCCACUCACCCAACUCACCACUCGAGUUCGAGCCGUCACCACAGACGCUCUCACAGCACAGGUGCACACGGGCACCGUUCUUCGUCUCGCUCAAGCAAACCAAUCACUCGCAGCUACACUGCGAGCAAGUCGGCGAUUCAUAGCACUCAUUAUCGCCAGCCUUCUCUCGCUGAGCGCAUCCGGCACUUCUUUGGCUUUGGCCACUCCAAGGAACGGUACGUGGACCCUCGCACCGGACGCGAAGUCGACCGCCAUGGGAGGCCUGUCGUCCGCUACUGAGCAAGUCCUCCCUUUUGGCAGGCCCGAGCCACCGCUUCUCGUAAAGCGAGUGCGAUUCCAGAUCCCACAUCCCACAUAGUCCACCUUCUCCACCAUCAGUUUCUGACUUCCUAUUGCCCUCGACCCUCAAAUCGACCCUGCAUCUUCUUUUCGCGUCCGAACGACGAACCGAAUUCGCACACGUACAUCCUCAUCCCCAUGUGGAAGCAAAUUGUCGCGUCUUCAACAACCUUCGGAGUGGGACGCGCCAACUUCCUCAUCCCCUUUCGAGGACUCGCAUCCCUCCAUUCCGGUCAUCACCCCCUAUCUAUUCUAAUAACAGCUGGUGACCUUCACACCCGCCCGACCUUGUCCCGAAAGGUUGCGCCCUCGCACAUAACGGAGAAGGAGGAUCACGACGAGCUGGUCAAAAAGAGCAUCUCGUUGUUCGUCAUAGGUCUCAGGCCCGAGAAGUUUUGAUAACGCUCUCUGGGGGCCGGGGCCUUCGCCUCGUGUUUUUCAUAUCAUUGUCGUCCUGCUAUUCCGUUACUCGAACCACCCCUACUGUCCAGUGUAUUCCCCAUCAAGCAUCAAUGUGCGUGUUGUUGUGUUGUUGUUGUUCUAUUACCGUCGUGCCCCGUCUUCGCAGCCUUUUCCGCCAUUCGUCGCAUGCACGCCUUUCCCAUUUCCGUCAUCGCCGCCUUUACGUUGGUACUAUUUAGUAUGUAUGCCUCACUUAGUACGCCUCCCUACGGACGGCUUCCUUUCCUUUCUCUUAUUAUGCUUAUGAGUACGACGAUGUGGACUAGGUCGCUUCGGUUUCUAGCCUUUCUCGCGUUAGUGGUGUUGUUGCUGAUACUGACUCAUGCUCCUACUUAUGUACGCUCGCAUGCUUCUGAAUCGUCGUGGACCAGUCCAGUCCUUGUUCCUCCUUGGUUCCUACCCCUUGUACUACUACCAGCACUUACGCGUACUGUACUGCCCUACCUGAUCGUCACGAUGCCCGUGCUGUGCUUCAUGCCUACAUGACUUUAAAUAACAUACCCAUCGAAACC